AUGAAGGUCCGCAGCAAAGAUAAAGUGAAUCAGGCAAAACAUUCGAUGAAUCCAGGAAAUACUCGUGUCAUCAGCCAAGAUGCUUUACAGAACUUCAAAGAAGCAAUGAAAGUUCGAAACCCGUACGAAAUCAUACUGAGGCAGACUAAGCUUCCUGUAUCUCUAUUGGAUGAGAAGAAACAGGCUCUAGUUCAACAGGUGGAGACUAUACAACAGCAGUACGAUGCCAGCCGAGACCGUCACAUGGUUCGGGACGAUGAUGGAGUUCGCGAUAUGACACAACAACCGCAUUUCAAAGCGGGACAAUCGAAGCGUCUAUGGAAUGAGUUAUUCAAACCUCCGGAGAUGUGUAGCGACAGUACACUGGGUAUCGGUAAACGCAGUGUGCGUGCGUGUGAAGUUGUUCAAUGGACUUUUAAAGCUGUUGCUAAUAAACAACCCCUUUUGUCCCCUUUUUAA